UGAGCGCGCUGCGUAAGCAACUUGAAAGCAAGGUAAAAUCCUCGCCACCACCAAUAGCACCAAAACCAAGGACGUCUAUAAUCAAGCCGACAACCGAGUCGAGAGACCCGCAGCCAUCACCUUUUAAAUCAACAGAUAAUUUAUCUGAUGAUGAACAGGAAUCUCCUUUCAGGCGUCCAUCUGAAAUCAAAAAACUUCAAAAGCUUCCCAACGACCAGUCUUCUGCAACUUCAGUGUCACGUGCUCCACCAGCCUUGCUUCCAAAACCAUCGCUUCGUUCUGCACCACCACCGGUUGCACCGCGAAAUGUCAAACCUUCUGUAAAAGAGGUUCGCGACACUCCGUCAAGUACGCCUCUGCGCAAGCUAUCAGAUGCGCCACCGCCACCGCCACCGCGACCGAAGGUUGGGAGCCAGACUCGGAGCGAAUUUACUGGGAAACUUGAGAACGUGGAAAGUUCUGUUAAGAAGAACGUACAAGAUGAAGCUGGUAAUGCCGCUUCACGCCAAGUAGGGAAAAUGUUCGGCGAAGGAAGAGGACAGCUGUCAAACUCCAAGUAUUCCAAAUACACGCGCCCUUAUCAAGACAAAGUUCUCGAUAAAGCGGAAACUGUAGCCAAAGAUCAGGCACAAGUACAGUCCAGAUCUUUAGCUAGCGAUGCCUUUGACGACACUUUAUCGUCUGUAAAAUCCACGCAACCAACUUCCCGACCUGAAGUUCCAUCACGUAAAAGUACGUUCAACAGAACAUCUGUAUUGGAUAAGGUGAGCGCCAGGAGCGUUCCAAGUAGAAACCAGGAGAAUACUCCACCACCGUUGCCGGAUAGAAAAAACACCACAAGAUCGGGAGGAGAAGGUUUGUCCAGAAUUCCGCCGAGACCUCCGCAACAUAAUCCUUUUAAUGAGAGUAAUUUGUCUAAAGGUAUUCCGAAUGAUGCUCGAGAACGGUAUGAGAUUGUGUUUGCAGCGAACAUGGACGAAGAUGGAUAUAUUAACAGCGAUGUGGUUAAAGAAAUAUACAUGCGAAGUAGGCUCGAUAAAAAAACUUUGUCUAAAAUAUGGAGUCUCUGCGAUAGAGAUGAAGAUGGUAGACUCAGUCAACACGAGUUUUGCGUAGGCAUGUUCUUGAUUGAUGGACGACUACAAGGGAAUCGAGUACCAGAUACACUCCCUGAUGAGCUUAUCGAAUGA